CAGAGAAAUUGACCGACGAGAGUGAGGGAAGUAACCAAUAGCAAGUUACAACCAUCCGCACCGUAUUACAACUUCCAGGCCUAGCGAUCCAUUGCCCCCAAAGCUCCACGCAGGCGUGCUUCAAACCUUGAAGCUUUUAUGAAAUCCCUCCCAUCUCCACCUUCGUCCAAAUUUUUCUAGACCGAGAAAAUUGGGAGAGUUGAAGAGAAAGAGAGAACAUUUUCGAGAGAGAGAGAGAGAGAGAGAGGAUGUCUCUAACGUGUGUGAAAAUGUCGGAAGAUGUGUGGUUAACAUGUCUGACGCACGCAUUGUCCACAGAGACUGAAGAGAUCAUGGGGCUUCUUCUCGGUGAUAUUGAGUACUCAAAGAAUGGGAGUGUAACUGCACUAAUUUGGGGAGCAUCACCUCAAACUCGAUCAGAUCGGCGAAAGGACCGUGUGGAGACUAAUCCUGAACAAUUGGCUGCUGCAUCAGCUCAGGCUGAGAGAAUGACCACAUUGACCGGAAGAACAACAAGAGUAAUUGGGUGGUAUCAUUCACAUCCUCAUAUUACAGUUCUUCCUUCCCAUGUUGAUGUGCGGACUCAGGCAAUGUAUCAACUUCUAGAUUCUGGGUUUAUUGGGUUAAUAUUUUCCUGUUUUAGUGAAGAUGUAAACAAGGUUGGGAGAAUCCAAGUCAUUGCUUUCCAGUCCUCAGAUGGGAAGCAGAGUCAUUUGUCAAGACCUAUAUCUCUGUCCCCUGUAAAUAGAAGUUCUAUUAUAGAUGUUGAAUCAUCUUUAAGUUCCUCAGAAAAUGCGUCAGUAAGAUCUGGCUCUGCAAGGGUGGAGAGCCCGGAACAAGACACUGGAGAUUCAAAAGUUGCUGGAGCUAAUAAGGGUGGUGGAAGAUCCUCAGACUUGGGCGUUUUCUUUGCUAAUGCCGAUGCCAGCUAUAUAGGGAGGGAAAGGGUGGGAGGCAAUCACCACACUGAUAGCUCAGACAACGUCAUUGUGGAUAUAGACCCCAUGGAUAUGUCAGAAAGUAUGCAAGAAGCAAUGCACCGUUCAAAUUUGGACAUGAGUGGUGCAGAGUAUAUCAGGAAAGAAAUUCCUCUUCAUGUUUUGACAACGUCAUCCCUUAUUAAGCUUGAUUCACCUUUAAUGUCAUUUGCGGACUUGCAGCGUGUGAUAUAUGAGGAGGAGCGGGCCGCUUAUAACCAAGCCAUAUUUCAAAAUUUGAGGGAUGAGAAAGUACAUCCUCUUACUUUCAUACAUCACACCUCAACUUAUCAGGCUUCCAUGUGCAAGUUAAUGGAAUAUUGUUUAAGUCCUGCCAUAAAUGCACUCCAGGACCGCUUAAAAGAAAAUGAAAUUCGGUUAGCAACCCUGAUCAAUGAAGCCAAGGCUUUAGAGGCCGAGGCUCCUAAAGGAGGUGAAUCAAGUUCAGGAUCUCCUCGUCAAGUUCCAUCGCAUGGUGUUCGAGGAAACGCUUCCUUUGGCCACAGGGAUCUGUAUAGUUCAGCUGAACCCAUGAGCAUGAGGGGUGUUGCUGGUUCUGGAAGCCGGAGCAGAAAAGGGUCUCAGUGAAAUAACAAUUAGAGAGCCUCUUCCCAGUGCAUGUUAUAAUGUAGUGUUCAAAUUAUAUUAUAAGAUUUAGUUUUUUGCUAAAAUGAUUUGUGUAUGGAAUGUGGCAUUUGAUGUCACUCCAGAAAUUUUCAUUUGUCUUUUUCAGUUUCGCAUUCUGGAGUGAAAAAAAAAUGACAUUUGGAAA